AUGAAGAAAAACCGCGUGAAGGCCGCGCUAGAGCGUUUGGAGGCUUGUACGAGGAUGAUUGAUGUUUGGACAACCAGAGCCGACAGGCUGCAGGAUGAGACACCGCAGAGUCGUCUGAAGCUGAAAUUUUCUGCAUCAUUGGGUACCAUCCAAGAGAACGCGACCAAAGUACAUCAAGUAAUUUCUCGAAACUGGUGUAACGACAACCCUGUCCAUGUCGCACGUCUGCUCCUCGAGCAACGGCUGGUGAGGUCAAAGAAAACUAAGAGGCCUCUGCAAGCAGCGAGCUUGAACUUGGUGGCGCAGGCGACUUGUUUCGGAUUGAGUCUUCGUGGGGAUUGCAACGCGUCUUCUCAGUGGUUGAAUUCUGAAAUAAAGAUUGACGAACUCCCGUCGAGUAGCGCGGGGACUGUUCGCAUGACGAUAUCAGUUCCAGAGGACGACCACGACCCUACAAAUUUGCAGCAUAUCACGAGCUUAUGCAAAGUCGUUAGGCAACCCCCGCAUCCAUUUGUGGUAUUCUGCCUUAAUGAUAAGGGCUGCCUGAAAUCACGCCCUUCCUUGAAAGAGACUGCUGCUGACUACGUUCAGCAGUCUUUAUCUCUCGAGGCCCUUCUUCCGCACUUCGAGGCCAAACUCCCCAUAACAGAAGUGUACGGACUCGCCAUCACCUUGAUAGCGUCAAUUUUUCAACUAAACCAUACUCCAUGGCUUGAAACUAAAUGGAGUAAGAGGGACAUCGUGUUCGCAAGAGCGAACAGUAACAUGCCAUUGACUGUCGACCUAAGAUAUCCUUCCUUAGUGAAGAAAUUUUAUCAGGGUGCGUUGCUUCAAAUCUCAACUUCGAAAUCAUCGCAGCUGAUCCAAAAAUUAGGAGCUAGUCCCCGACGACCCGAUCCUACACCUGUCAACAGAACCUGUUCGAACUUGCUUGCCUUAGCGAUUAUGCUGCUUGAAAUUAGUUCUGGACGGCCUGUUGAGAGAAGACUCGGAGAUGAUCAAAUCAUUAACGUCUUACCGAAUGAUCAAUCGGGUCUCCAACUAGCGGAGGGAUGGCUCAAGGAGGAAAAGUCUCAUGGGAGAUUAUCAUGUGCCUUCUCCCAGGCUAUUUUGGCCUGCCUACAAGGAUACCUCAACCCCGAUGCAAAUUUCGAUGAUGAUGAGUACUGCAACGCCUUCAAGGAAAAGGCUCUGUUACCGCUUGAAGAGGAAAUGGAGUUCCUACUCUUUGGACCUCCGAAGUAA